CUCGGAGGGGAUCUCCAGCUAUCGAUGAUGUAAACGAUACUCGUGUCCGGACCAACUAAAAAAAAGUCAUGACGAUGUUCUCAACCCGUGAUGCACUUCCGGGAAGAGUUCUAGGUAAGGUAUGUAAUUGGGAGGGAAAAGGUCGAAACCCACGGGGUCAGUCUGCUCUUGAUUGAAAAAGGUGAGAUGCACAUGAGUGGAAACAAUUCUUCUACCGACAUCCACACACCAAGCAAACACCACUACAUAUAUACAUCACCACAGCACCAGAAACAUCUCGCAACAAUGGCAUCAAUACUAGGUCGAGGAUCGACUGUCAUGAUGCGAGGAUCUGUACAGACAAAGAAACAAAUACCUAGGGUCGGAGACCUGAGGGUACCACGUCUACAACAACUACAACACGCACCACCCAAAAGGACCUACGCCGAAAAGGCUGCACCUUCUAGGCCAGAAGCACAGCAUCAGAAUAGUAGAUUACCUUUGUACGCCUUGGCGGCCGCCGUUUCCUUUGUCCCAUUUUAUUACAUCUUCCAUUCCAACAAAAGUUUCGGUUCGGAGAAGACAAAAAUUCAACAGGCGAGGAGGGAAAAGGGGACCGAGUACGAGUUUCGAGACCCGAGAGACAGUCCCAUCAAGACGCUAGAGCAACAGAAAAAGGCAGAGGAGAAUAAGACAAAGUGAGGCAUUACACCAGCAAUCACGCAGGCUCACGCUCCAGCCCUAAAUUCAAGUACCAUGCGGACGUGAGUGGACGGGAAAACAAGGAACGAAGAAGGGGAAAUGUUAGGUUGGGUUGAGAGACAAGCCGCAAGCACGAUCGAAGAUCCCAAGAACAGCAAUAGUCAGGAACGUCGGAUAUUUGUACAUACCGGCAUCAUCAUAUUCCAAGGUUGUCAAAAGUCAAUGGAACGUCGUUUCAAAGACUUCAUACACCAGUCGUGGCCAUGACCGUCACAGCAAUCAAAAACCACAUCCCUGAACUCAUAGCAACAAUCGUCGCACUGCUAUCGUUGUCA